AUGCCUGCAACAUCUGCCGAUUCGGUCCUUUUCCCGCCGCUGGACAGAUGCCUGAGCGGAGAGCAGCAGCUGCUCUCAUGGCAGGACGCCUUCGCUGCCCUACGUGGCUCUCGAGCUGGCUCUGAGGGUGACACUCUGUGCGCUUUCCUCUCCGACGACACCAAUGCCGCCGUCCUUAGCAAGCCGUUCCAGCCGUUCCAGCCGCCAAAUGCCCAGUCCAAAUCCGCUUUCGAGACGAAGACCGCCGCCAUCAAUGUCACCCCCUCCGACAACGGCCAGUACAAUAUCGAAGAGAUCAAGGAGGACACCAAAUGGCUGUCGGCUGAGGCGAACAUUGACGAGAAUUCUGCUUUGAGAAUAGUGCUGCUGGAAUGGCAAGUGCGGCCUUCUACUCAGCUGCUGGCUGGCUUCACUGAGGAGGAGACGCUCAGCGUUCAGGACGCUGCGGGUGGUGCCAACCUCGGUUCGUCUACCUUUCUGCCCAAGUCGACCAUUAUCGCCGCAACGAGCGGCGGCAUGGGUCAGAAUUUCGCCGCUUUUCACUCGAAGGAGAGGAGGCAACUGCGGAUAUUAGACACUUACCUGGCCGAGCGGAUACACAUUCUGAAGAUAAGCGACAUUCUGGCACGGGUGGGUGCAGCAACCACGCAGCCGGACAGCUCCUCCAACCACACACGACCUGACGCGAGCGCUCAGACCUGGAUUAAAGAGCUCGGAAAGCGGAUUUUCUCCUCGCAGAAGAAUGGCUUCAUUAAGAAUGGUACUCAGGCCCUACAAUCCAGUUUCCAGAACAUUGAAAAGGGUAGCGGUUGGUUCAAGGACGUGCCGGGAGGCAACGAGGAGGCCGAAGAGGUGUGGACACAGUCACAGCUGUCCGAGGCUAUCAUCAUUCUCCAGCUCAUUUUCACGCACGUGGACAGCACCCCGGGACUUCUGCCUUCGGACGUUGUCGUGGACUGGUUUGAGGCCAUGGACGCUUGCCGUUUCUGCAAGGACGUCCAACUGCCAUUUCAGAAUCUGCAACCUCUGGCCUCGACCUUGCAACUCCUCAUCGCCAUGGUAUGCUUGGCAGUGGUCAACGUGCAUGGCUUGCUUAAGUUCGUUGAAGUGGAAGGCGUGAACAUUACUCCUACAGAUGGUGCCGAUGGCGGGGCUUACGUCAAGAACAAGUUCUGCGUUGAAAAGCUCACUUCGAUUUUCCUGGAGUUCUGCGGAUUCGGUCCCACCCCCGCCAGUCCUGCGCUGUUCGCCUGGGCUGCCUUCAGUCUUAUUGUCAAGGGCAAUAGCGAUGCUUUCGCCCACGAAAGGGAGACUCAAAUCGCACAUGGUUCUCCUGACGUCGAUUUAACUAUAGUGGAAAAACUCAACGAGACCAUCAGGGGAAUCAACAUUAACGAAGACGAAGAGGACGAUAACGCCACAUUACUGGUCAAGGCCUCCGUAAUUGGUGCAAAGAUCUACGAUCUUUUGCCAGAGAUGGCUGUGACCUUGACGAGCACUUUCAGCGACGCAAUCGUCCGGGAUAACGUAGCUGCGAGCUCUGACCAUGAACUGGAUGCCCGUUUGCGCCUUCAGCUACUCUGGCUCAUCCGUGAGGGCUCGUUCACAGUGGAAUACAGCCCUGAACUCAUCAUGAGCUUCCUUACAGUGCUCAGUGGGAGCCAGACGUAUUGGACUCUUGCGGAACAAUCCCCGAAGAAGAUCCCGGAUCCGGUCUUGGAGACCUUUGUCGCCGAGGGCGGAAUGGGAAUUCUAGACCAGGCCAAGUUUCGCUAUCCCUACGAAUCAGUUCCCCUCUUGCAGUUUGCGAAGACGUUAUGUCUGAGGGUCGAGACGGACGAUGAGGGCGAGCUUGUUACCGCCAAGUGGUUGCAAGACAAGGCGCAGUUUACCCAGGUCAUCCCCGCCAACUUCGAAGGCUAUGUGCCAACCCGCGAGGAUGAAGUCCCGUCUGUCCAGUUGAAGGAAGAUAUGAGCCUCUUUUGGAAUCGGAAAGACACCAAGCGUCCUCUCGCGGACGAAGAGGCCAGCGGUAAUGAGCUUAUUCCACUUGACGAGAUGCAAGCGGAUGAAGUCCACUUCAUUCCUCUUGGAACUGAAGGCAUUGCACUCAAUCCGGAUUCCAGGCCCCUUGUGAUAGCGUGGAUGCACAAGCAUUCGGCCCUGCGCUAUCUGGCCGCAUACCUGUCAACGUUUGUGGUAGGCAGUGAGACGAUCGACACCGCAUCGCUAAAGCCGAUCAGCAUUGCAACAGCAACUGAAUACAUUGGCCUGCUUGCAAUGCUUGUUGCUGCCUCAGGGAAGGCCGCCAGUGCCAGAGAUGCAGAUGCUCGGAAAGACGCCCAGUGGAUCUUGGAAGAUGCGAGCGACGGACUUGGCCGCAACCAGGAUAUCAUCAGUUUGGUGUUCGACAUUUUCGAGCAGGAGCUUGAGAGACUGAGGGAGAGGCCCAACAACGAAGGGUCGCUUGAGCUUCUGGUCAACUGCCUUUACUUCAUCCAUGCUCUUGUUGAAGUGUUUCCCAAUAGAGUCUGGCCAUUCUUCACAAGGAGUAGGCUGCUGGACCUGGAAGGCAUUGGCGGCAGCCUUGUGGAGAUCGUCUCUGGGACUGAAAUGGUGAUGGGUCGCUAUGAUUUCCUUCUAGCCUGCGCCCACCUGUUCAAAGCCUUGCUCAACGACUCAAUCAAGAACGUUGUGUCCAGAAAGCAGAGUCAAAAGGCACUCGUGAGAUUUUCAUCCCUUCCUGCCUCAGGAGGUGGAUCUCCGGACAAGAUCACAAGCAAGGUCCUACUCAGCUUCACCAAGACAUUCACCGGCGUUUUCGAGAGCUGUCCCAGCUGGCGAUUCGGAGCUGUCGACCAAAAGCUUGAACUUAACCGUUUGACGAUGGAGAUAUUCUCUGACAUUUUGCGCACCGUUCAUGGCUAUGACGACGAAGCAAUAAGCCCAAGCGAGAAGCUGAGCUCAGUCAUUUCACCCUCAGCCGAAUACCUCCUAGAGGCAUUCUGCUCGGAUUCAACGAACGACAUCACGACCCACGCAAUCCUCAACGUGUUCUUCACCGGAACGAAACCCCUUUCUAUUUCUACGCCUGUCCGUAUUGAGAAUCUCUGGCGAUCGCAAACCGAUGCGGCUAUUACCUUCGCCACGACAAUCCUCCAAGUCGGUGUCCUACUCGAGCGUCCGACGUCCUAUUUAGAGCACCAGUUGUUCAAGGCGGCCCCGCUGCUUGCCCGACUAUCAAUUGCACACGAAAACUUCAAGCCAUCCACUAUGAACCUCUUUGAAGUUUUGGUUGAAAGUGCAGCCCGAGGAGAGAAGGAGCCCCCUUCUUUACUGGGCCACCUGGGCCCCGAAACUGCAAAGGCUUUCCUGAGCGUCAUCUCGUCCAUGAGUGGAGCUCUGAAGGAUACCACAGUCGAGGUCAGCAUCUGGAGGUUCCUGUGUUCGGUGGUGAGCAGCAAACAGCAAUGGCUCUCAAUUUAUCUCCUCACUGGCAACACACCGCGAGACUCCCUCAAGAGGAAGGAGGACAAGGUGACUGGCAAGCCCCGUGGCAAGCCUCUUUUGAACUCGGCGCUAGACCAGCUCUGUGAUAUCAAGUCAUUGGAUCCUCGGAGAGCUGUUGCUAUGCUAGAGUUCAUCUCCCUUGCACAAAAUCAUUGGCCAUGGGCUGUUACCAAGAUGCACUCCCACAGAAACUUCCUAGAGAGCAUCAUGGAUUUCAUCCGAACGUUGCAACCAGUGGCCGCCAGCGCACCGCUGGCGAAGGUAGAAACUCAGGCGAUCAACAUCCACAUGGCCUCAUUAGUCUCGGAUAUCGGUGCCAUGUGCCUUCACUACGCUCGGCAACUGGGCGAUAUGCGCCCCGCACAGCAUGUUAUUGCCAAGCUCGAUUUUCUUCAGAAACACGGCGUCGAUCCGCCGGCGUACAAUCAAUCGUUACACAGCAACCUGAAGAAGAACGUCGAGAGCAAAUUCCCUAGUGUCAAGCUCUCGAACUUCAAGAGGACGAUUCUUACACGGUCCGAAUUUGGCCGCGAUUACUUCUAUGACCUCAACUACGCGUCUGAAGUUCUCGGCUUCAGCCCGAUGUGGACUGGCUUGAAGAAGGACAAUGGCUUCGUGGACGAGUUCCGGCGGGCAAAUGUCAACCUGUCUUUGGUUGAGGCGCAAAUAAUGCUUCUGAAGAGCUGGAAGCUGCUUGCAAUCGAGCUCAGCUCCAUCGCAAACAAGGAUCACCGCCUGGAGGGAAUCCUUGCGCAGGUCAUCCAGCAAUGUCUGAAGGCAAAUCAGACGUCAAACGGAUCGCAGGCGCUGUUCGAGCGGUUGGUGCACGUCCGGGCGGACUUUGCAUUUGUUCUGAUACAAAAGCUCACAGCAGCCGACUGCACGAGCGACCACAUGAAAGCCUUGUUCAGGCUCUGCUGGGACACGAUCCGUGUGUCGGGCGUUGACUUUGAGAUUGCCUUCAUGGGAGACAAUGCGGACUACUACAGGACACUCCUCAGGAUACUGCUCCUCACUCUACAGCCCCACAUCAAGGCCCUGCAAAAGGAGGAGCCUGGAAUCCAGAAGAACAUGUCCAAGAUCGGAUCCGAGCUCAUGGAAAUACUAGAAAAGGUCGUCGCCACCGGCCUCCGCUCGCUGGCGAACCAGGUGCACGAAGACCAAGAGAGCUGCUCGCCAGCAGACUUCGUGCUCAUCAGCGCGCUGCUGUCGGCCAUCCUCCGCGUGCCCGGCAUGCAGGUCAUGGCGGGCGAGAUCACGCUGCUCUUCUCGGCCGCCAACACGGUCCGGCACGCGACGGCGCUCUUCACCUGGGCGGACCAGCUCGCCGUCGGGCCCGACGCCGACCCCGUCUACGGCGAGCUCAGCAUCCUCUUCCUGCUCGAGCUCUCGGGCAUCCUGCCCAUGGCCGAGGUCCUCGCCGUCGAGGGCGUGCUCGCGCGCCUCAGCACCGCCAACCUCGUCAACCACUACCGCCGCCCCCGCGGCAUGGGGCCCCUCGACCACCCGCCCCGCCUCUUCUCCAUCUGGACCCGCGGCGUCCUGCCCCUCUGCCUCAACCUCCUCGACGCCGUCGGCGCCCCCGUCGCCGCCGAGGUCGCCGCCUUCCUCAACCAGUUCCCCGAACAACUCGCCCGCGCCUCCGCCGCCCUCAACCCGCGCAGCAGCGGUGCCGGAAACCCGCCUGGCGCCCAGCAACAACAGCAGGGAGGCCUCCUGGUGACGAAAGACGUCGCCGCCGGCGCCAUCACGCUCGGCGCCGCGUCCGAGGCCCACAGCCUCGCCCUCCUCAGCGUCGUGCUCGAUCGCUUCCGCGGGUCGCCGGACGCGCCGGGCGGCGGCAGCGGCGGCGGCGGCUCGUCGGGCGCCGCCGCCGCCGCCAUGGUCAACCCCGCCGGCAUCGCGCCGCUCGAUUGGGACCGCGCGGGCGUGAAGGAAGACUUGGAGGGCUGGCUGCAGGGGGGGAGGAGGGCGUUGCGGGAGAGGCUGGUGCCGACGAAUGAGCGGGAGGUGGAGUUUGUCAAGCAGAGGGGGAGUGGUGCCGCCGGUGGUGGUGCUGGUGGGGCGGAUAAUAAGUUGGAGGAGAGGGUCGUGGCCGAGUUGGUGGGCGCGUUGGAGUGUUUGGGCGACGGGGCCGCGGCUGUGACUGGUGGGACUGCUGCUACUAAUGCUGCUGCGGCGGCUGGUGCUGCUGCGGCGGGGGCGGCGGGUGCGGCCGGAGGUGCGGCGGCUGCGGGUGCGGGGGGUGCGUGA